AUGAUCGAGUCCUGUGUGUGUCAUGGGUUUCUGUCCCAUAUGUGCGAUCCACCCGCCAUUGUGCUUAUGAACUUCCCAUGGGUCUCCGAGGUCGUGGUAAAGUCUCGUGAUUUUCGUGAAACUCGUAAAACUAAAAGAAAAACUUGUCGGUUGUCGCUAGCGCUUAUUUCUUCCGAAAUGAUUUGCAGUUGUUUAAUAGCACUUGUUCUGGCUUGUUUUAUAAACUGUUCUCAUUGCGCGGUUUCGGUGGCUAAACCGAGCGCCGCUCAAGCAAAGUACCUCGACUACGAGAUAGGAGCCAGCAUACACUUCAAUAUGCAGACAUUUAAUAGAAGUAUGAAAGCAGGUAAGGAUUUUGGAAUAAUUUUACUCCUUGAAAAGUGAUACACCAGUGUGAAAUAGAGUUUCUGAACCAUCUAAGCUAGUAACGCUACUAGUGCUUAAGCUUACGUAGCUGCCAACUUUUCUUAGGCAAAUGCGUGAGACUCUAGCCUUGUCAUGUCAUGACGACAGGAGGCCUACACAAUCUGUUUGUGUGACCGAUGUAAUUUUAUGGUAGAAUUGCACUGUAUGUACCAUUUGCUUCAGCUGUGGCGGUAUAUCGCUAAAUUUCUGCAAGUAUCAAAGCUAAUGCAUGGCUCAAUUUUACUUGUUACAAUCCCCCCCGGGCAAUCCACGGGACAAGUACCGGGGGUGGUAGGGAGGUGGGGCAAAUAAAGAAAUAUCUUCUCUUUGAUUUUGUGAAGUACAUGUUAUUUCCUGCACUGUUUACACGAUGGCUCCGGACCUCAAGACUACGUAUUUUUGAGGAAAAACAUAGGAAUUUGUCGGAGAGUGGCUGGAGAGGAAUAACUUAUCAAAAUUAAAGUUUGUAUUUGAAGGUAUGUUUAAAAUUUGAAACAAAUGUGCAUAUUGUGCAUACCUGAAUGGAUUUUAUGUUCUGGAAAGGAAGGACAGAAAUAUUUCUUCAGCUUAGCUUUAAAUAAUGAUAAGUUUUUAUAUGAAAAUGAAUACAAGGCUUUUGAUAUAUAUAGAGAAACAGAGACUCGGUCCAGUGUUCUCAUGAAGUGCUCUAUCGAGGAAGUGCUUUUUAAAGAGUUUUUCUUCUUCGUUUUCGUUCUCAAAUUUAUUGUUCAUGUUUUAACUACAUUAUGAUAUCCAGUUCACUAUCCUUCCCUCAAUAAACUCAGGAAAACGUUUAUAAAAGUUGCGAAAAUGUGUUGUUUUGCUUUUGUACGGAUCAAAAAGAUGUAGCAAAAAACAUAUAUGAGGUCAAUCGGGAGCUUGGUGGUGGGGAAUUGUCUCUUUCUACAUGCCCGGGGGUUGGGAAUAGACUUCUAAGAGAGAAAAAAAUUGAAAAUCUCUAGGGGUGUGUCUGAGUGCGUGGGGGCAUGGUUACAAGUAAAAUUGAACCAUGCAUAUGUUGUGUUACAGAGUGGAAAUUGCAUUACAAAGUGGACUUUGUGUCACAGAGUGUUCUGAAGUGGUAUUUUGAGCAAUUUUGAGGGAAUUUGAGUUUACUGUUCACUGCUGCUCGUUAAUCAACCAAUCAAUCAAUGAAAGACUUAAUUUAACAUCGAAUUUGUUGAUAGCAAAAUUGCUAAGAUCUGGGAAGAAGAACAUCAAGGGUGGAUUCAAUUUUUUGAACUGAUCUAGCACCGGAGCGAUUUUUCCCCCAGAAAAUCACAUCACUCUGCUUUCAAACUGUACAGCAAGAAGGUCGAAAGAUUCACACUUCUUUUCAUACCUUUCAAUCAAAAAGCCAUCUAAAAGAACCACAGCUAGUCCCUAAAGAAAAUCAAGAUUCCUCAGUUUUGAAUGGUCAAAAUGCAUAGCAAGAUUCAUGUGUGCCAGCCAGAAACUGUCCUGCUGAUUUCCUCUUUCUGAUUGGAUGUCAUUAACCAAAUGGUUAAACAAUAACUGAUUUAUAGCAGACUUGAUAAUUGAUCACUGUUUAAUGACACAAUUAAAAGGUGUUAAUCAGCAGGACUGUUUCUGGCUGCACGUGUGAAACUUGCUACAAAUUUUGACCAUUCAAAAACUGUGGUAUUUAUUAUAGUGUGUAAAAUGUUAUUGCAGUGUUUGCUGGGAAAGUUUGUUUGGAUAAAUGGUAGCUUUUUUAUUGCCAGCAACAAGAGAAGCCCACAUUAUGCAUGUGUCACAUGUAUGUAACCAGCAUUUGUUUGGACUUCCACUAAGAAUGAAUGGAAUCCACAAAACGUAAUUUGGUCAGGCACGUUUUGACUUUCUACCCUUGUUAUCUGAUCACGCGUGUUUUAAUCAUCUUUCAAUCAUCUUAUCUCAGGUAAUUUUUCUUUUUCUUUUGUUUUUGGGUAUGGUAAUAUAUGCUAAUGAAGUUGAAACAAAGGAAAAAUGAAAUUACCUGAGAUAAAAAGAUUAACUACAACAUAUAUUUUACGUUUUGCAGUUGUGGAUUGUGUUUGUUAUAAUGAGGAUUUCGUUAAAUUGAGGUUCUGUUGCAUAAUUUUUUACUGUAAUUUUGGCCAGGCUGAAGAAAAUAGUUUGUUGCACUGAGUACUUCGUUAUAAUUAUAUAGAGGUUUGUUAAAUUGAGGUCCAGUACUGUACUGUGUAGACUGGCUUUGAGCAGUUUUAAGCAGUUUUUUUGCUUGUUCUUGAGUUCGUAGUGCUGUAGCUAUGUAUAGCUCGGUCCUAAAAUGUUAUUGAAGGACGUGUGUCAAAUAUGAUCCUAGUAUAUGGCCUCGCUCUCCAUGAGUUCUCUGUAACUCAGGUGGAUAGAGUGCACGCCCGAUGUUUGGGAGGUUAAAGGUUUGAAUCCUGUCUGGGAGUUAGAUAAGUUUUGUCUUUGUCCCUCGCUCGUGGCAUGCUGAUUAUUUCAUUAUCACAUAUUUAUUUGAGUGUUUCCUUACUUGCAUUGUCCAUGAUCAGGUCAUGUGGUUUCCCCGGAUGCAUUUAACCCAACCAAGUUGUCAACAGAUGAGUGGUUAAAAGCAGCCAGUAGUUUUGGUGCAAAGUAUGCAAUUCUCACUUUAGAUCACUUCAGUGGCUUUCUACUGUGGCCCACAGAAACAAAUUACAACUACUCUGUAAAGAACAGUAUGUGGCGAAACAAAACAGGAGAUGUGGCAUGGGAAUUUAUGCAAUCUUGUUCAAAGUACGGCCUCGAGCACGCCUUCUACUACAGUGUUCAUGAGAAUUGGUAUAUGGAUGUUGAUAACUACAGAACACACAAUCCUGCAGCGCAAGCAUUUUAUAACCACAUUGUUGAACAACACAUGUAUGAACUGUUUGAUCCUAAGUCAAAGUAUGCAAACCCAUUUAUUUUUUGGUUUGAUGCUGGUAUUGUACCUGGUGUUAGUCCUAAGGUUGGGCCAAUAUUGCGUACAUUGGGUAAUAAUACUAUCUGUAUGCAGUGUCCAACAUUUGCUGGGAAUCAAGGAAUUCGUUGGGUUGGUGAUGAGCAAGCUGUGGCACCAUUACCUCUGUGGUAUUCAGUGCCGGAUAACACGUGUGAUAUGGGAAAAGGUUAGUAGAUAAGUAGCUAGCCUGUAUUGCAGACCUUAUUUAACAAUGGGAACAUUUGUGAAGCAGUUCCAAGAUCCUUGUUCUGGGCCCACAAUGGAUUCAACAAAUUACUGGAAGUGCGCUUUGAAUUUCCUUUCAUCGUUAAUGGCUUGUUAACAGAAGAAUCUUAGGAUGUACUCAAAUACAGAUGGGGACCCAGAACAAGAAUUUUGGCGCUGUUUCACAGAUGGACUUAACCAGAGUUUUGUUUCAUCUGUAUUGCAGUCUAGUAGAUAAGUUAUUACUAACAAAUCUCUUUACCAGCAGCCAAAGAAAAACAUUAGCCAAAAAUUAGCUAGAGCUUGCUUGCACGAUGUCUGAGAAUUCCACCUCCAUUGCCCAUUAUGGCUCCCCAGAUGUUAACUAAUCAAUGCAAGACAAUUCUACACAACCUUCAGUGGCAACAAACCCAUCAGCUGGGUACAUGGCAAAAUCCAACUGCCAGGCCAUGCUCCUUCCUCUUUAACAAAACAAAACUGAGUAUCUUUUUCAGUUUUACCCCCAGAUUGUUUAAUUUAAGCUGUUUGACCAAUUUCAACUCUCAACUCCAUCUGAGACAUCUGCAGAGACAGGUGGCAGAAAUUUAUAAAAAUUAUAAUACUUUGCAAUGGAUAAAUAACUACAUGUAAUAUCAUCUGAGGCAAAUGGUUGAAAUCAUAAAACUUUUAAAUAAAAAAAGCUGUAGAAAAAACAACAAUGGUAUUGCUACCUUGAAUUUAUCCUGCAUAAUUCCUCGGGUCCCAUAGGAAGGAAUUUCUAUCCCUGGUGGAGUGCCAUAAGUAAUAUAUCAAACAUGGGACGCAGUGUUUCAUCACCAGAUGAAACACCGAGAAGAGAGUUGAAAAUACGACGCGUAGCGGAGUAUUUUUGACGAACUUCGAGGUGUUUCAUCUGGUGAUGAAACUCUGUGUCGAAUGUUUGAUAUUUCUUCUAAAACAAACUCAUUUUUGAAGGAGAAAUUAAGGAUGCAAAAAUGAGCAGUUUUUCAUCCGAUAUCCAAACACUCAUUAAACAUUAAUUUCCUUUGAAUUUUCUUUAUGAAUUAUUAAUGAGUUUGAGAAGAGCAUAUUCAAUCUGAAUGGUCUAAACUUCAGUGAUUAUUUUGAACUGCAGUGCAGGAGCACUAAGACGAGAUCCAACCAUCAAUAUAAGAUACAAACCAAACUCGCGAAAUUAAGAUAAUCAAGUUUUGGAACGAUUUUCCAAGUAAUGUAAUCAAUUGCCAUGAUAGUCCAGAUAUCAACAAGUUUGAACUAAGAUUAAAGAAUCACAUGAAUAUUUCUUGAAUAGACAUUCUAUACUUUUUUAAUGAUAUUUCUGUGAUUUUUAUAUAUUUUUAUAAACUUGCAAUUAUAUAAAUGUAUUUUUUAAAUUUUUUAUUGCUGUAAUUAUUAUUUUUCUAGUUUUUUUUCUUUUUUUUUCCUUUUUAGGAGAUCCUUAAUACAGGGUUAACCUCUGGGUUUUCUUUUUCUUAAUAACAGUGCUUGUUAUUUUGAAAUAAAGUACUUUAUGUUUGUAUGUAUAGCUGGCGCUUUUUUGGUGUGUCUUUCUGUGUGUUCAAGAGACACCCAAGAGCAAGAUGAACCAGAAAACAUGCAAGGUUGAUCUGCCUUCUUCCCUCCUUCCUCCCCCAUCAUUUCCUCAUUUGACCCUUGUCAAGUUUUGUGGGGCUGAAUCUCUUACUUUGCGAACUGCAAAUAACACAGCACACUGCACACACAAUUCAAAGACACCAGCCAGUACACAGGCUCUUACCUUGGCUUUAAUUAAGGUAUAGCCAGUUUGGCAUUGGGUGUCAAUUUGAUAGAAAGCUCCACAAAUUAAUGUUGAUUUUUUUGCGACCCUGUGUAUUAAGAUUGAUGACUUCAUGACUAAAUGAAAUCUCCGCCGAUUAGCAUUUUGUAGCCUAGCUUUUUUGAUACAGAAAUUCAAAUUCCUAAGAUAUUGAUUGAUUUCUUUCCACUCCUACCUCUUGAAGUGCAGGAGAAAAAAAUUAUCUCAACCAUUAACACAGUGUAUAAUAUAUCUUGUUAAAGUAAUAUAAUUUAUUGAGAAGGAUAAUUAUUAUAUUAGUUAUGAAUAAUUUUAUAAUUAUUAUUCUUUACAGCUGAUCCCUUGGGAACGCAGUUUUGUCCGCCCUUUUGUGACACUGUCAUAAGAGAGCACUACUGGUUCUGGAAACCAAACACAACAAGUAGAGUGAAGAGUGUUAGCACGCUUGUUAGUGAGUAUUUGACGAGUGUCGGAAGGGGCUGUCACAUGGUACUCAACUUGAACCCAGAUCCUUAUGGCUUGGUUGAAGAGGAGGAUAUGCAAGCAUACAAAGAGUUUGGUGAAGCUGUCAGUUUGCUGUACAAAAAUCUUGUCUUCACAGACAAAAAUCCAGAACUGAAAGUUGGAGUUGAGAUAGUGUGGAGCUUGCCAGAGCUUUACUGGAUGGGUAAGGGCGCCGUAGUAAUCAUGGAAAACAUAGCAGAAUUCGGACAGCUCGUUGAAGAAUACCAGCUGCGAUUUAAGACCCUAAAUGGCUGGCUUGAGUACCCUGAGCAAGGAAGUAGUGUGGGUCAGAAACGGAUUCAUGCUUUCCCUGCAGCAUUUACCGGGGAGGUCAUUUCUGCCAUUAGCUUAAACGUCACCAAAUUGGUGACAAAUGGCACCUCCAUUACAUUACGUGAAGUUUCUGUUUAUGACUGGAACGAGGCGGGAUUGAAAGGCUAUGUGUGA